AUGUUUUCUGUUGAUAAUUUCAGUGAUGAAGAGUAUCAAGAUUUUUUUUUCGAAUUUUUUGUUAUCGGAUGUGGCAAUGAUUUUCAGGAGUCAUAUUUCAAUACUAUCAGAGAACUUGCAGCCGUAACAGGAUUUUCAACGGGCGAAUACACUUCUUAUCUACAAAAUGGUCAAAGACCGGGCGACUUAGAUUGUCUCAAUGAAAGUGACCAAAAUUUCUUAGCAGCAGCUUUACAAAUUGAACAGAGAUUUAACGACAUUUUUGUUACUUUAGAACCUCAAUAA